UGUGUGUUUUGAUACUUUUAAAAAUUUAUAACGGAAAUAAACAGUCCUAUUGUUUUGUGGUUUAAUUUUUUAAACAAUUUUUCACCGUAAACGAUGGCAGAAUAUUUAACUCCUCCAUUACAAAAAAUCAAAAGCAGGCUUUGUAAUAAUCCAGAGAAUCAAAGUCCUUUAAAAAUACCUGCUACACCGUAUUUAAAGCAAAUAGGUUACGGAUGUGGAGUUAAUGUAUUCACUCUUGAAAGAUCACCUAAAGUAGGAUUUGCAAGAUCACCAUGGGCGAUUAAAAAACGUAACAGUAAAGAUAUCAAAGAUGUUAAUCUGGAUAAACGAAUCAAACUUGAAGCAGACAUUCUUAAAGCUUUGAAUCAUCCAAAUAUUAUUGGCUUUCGUGCUUUAACAUUGUCAAAAACUGGUGCUCCCUGUUUAGCUAUGGAACAAUUAGACCAAUCAUUAGGUGAUCUGAUUGAAGAAAGAGUAGAAAUGGGAGAGGAUCCAUUUAAAGCAAAAGAUAUUGAACAUGUCAGUUACGAAAUAGCAAAAGGUCUAGAAUAUCUUCAUCAUACAUGUAACAUUCUUCAUGGUGAUCUCAAAAGCUAUAAUAUUUUAAUCUCCAAAAACAUGAAAAUAGUAAAAUUGUGUGACUUCGGAGUUGCAGUUCCUGUAACUGAAGAUCUCAUAAUGAAAGAAGGCUAUUAUUAUACUGGAACUGAAGUUUGGAAUGCGCCAGAAGUCAUAUCAGAAGAAGGACCAAUCACAAAUAAAACUGAUAUGUGGGCAUACGGAUUGAUUAUUUGGGAAAUGAUAGCACUGUCUCCUCCGCAUGUUGACCAUGACGAAAAUCUAGAUGAGUCUGAUCUCGAUCAAUCAAUAAUAGAUAUGGACACUUCUAUGAAAGAUGAUAAAAAUUUUAACAUUUCAUCAAUGAAUGAUAGUGAUAUUUUUCCUUCUAAUAAUAAAUUAGGAACUCGACCGGCGCUUCCAGCAAUAGAAAUAGGUCCAGAAUACGAUGACGUGCUCCAAAUAUUUAUAUUAUGUACGGAUCAAGACCAAACAACAAGGCCCAGUGCAAAAGGAGUAGUAAUGUAUUUUAAAAAUUACAUUUUACAAUCCGAAAGUAAAUCAAAAGCAACAACAAAAAAGUGAAAUCAUGAACAACAUAUAUAUUUACAUAUUAAAAAAAUAUUUUUUCAUUUUUUAUAUCUUUAUAUAUGGUAAAUUUAUAAACAAAACUACAAUAUAUGACAAAGUUUAGAAGAAAAUUGCUAUUAAUAAGAGAAUUAAAAUUAUUAUACUGAGUAUGAUGAUAAGUUUAGUUUUUCUCUAGAAAGAAGGUAAUAAGAAUUAUUUUUUAAAUUAUUUGUUUUUGAUAGUAUAAUUUCAUAAAUAUUACCUUACGAUUUCUGUGCCGUCUUUUUUCCGCUCGGGAAAGAUCACAGCGACCUUCUUCAACAUUAUCUGAUGCCUUUCCCGCAAAAUAUUCAACGCAAUUUAGUUGCUCACCCUUAAAAAAAUAAUUAUUGUCAGAUUUUACUAUUUAAAUUUAAUAUACUUGAAUAAAUCAACAUUGGAUUA